AUGGAUGUCGGACGAGGACAGAGGAGGUACCCAACGGGUCCAGGUCACCCAAGUCCGGGUGAUGCUCAUCGCGAGUGGCUUCGGAACCACGUCGUUCCUGAAGUGCCACCCAUACCGAGAGGUGCGCUUGAUGGUGAGCUCGGUGUGGCUUCUUGGCCGCGAUGUGUUACACGAGAAGAGAGGCGGGCGUUCGAGGCUAUGGGCCGCUAUGUCCCAUUACGUCAGGAGACGAAGAGGGAAUCGAGCGAUCACGGAGCUGCGCAACAGCAAAGCAUCAACAGAAUGACGUUAGCCUGCCGUCCGAGACCUGCUCAACUGAAGAGAAAGCGCGAGCCGGACGAAGUCGAGGUGGACCGGAAUGAUACUCAGAUCAAGAAGCAAAAAGCUGAACCGAAGUCACAGUCUGACACGGAAAAGCUGCUCUCCGAGGCAUGGACGGCGGCGCUGCUGCAUGCAGAUGCGAUCCUACUUCUGGUCGAGGUUGACGACACUGGGGGUGGGUACAAACGGUUCAUCGCGAAAUGGCUCGCGGAGCACGAGUGGGCGGCAGAGUUGGACAAGAUCAAACAAGCAUACCUCCAAGCUCGAGAGGAGAGCGGUGUUGCUCUGGCCGGACCUCUUCAUGCGUUGCUUGAUCAUCUCGAGCGGGCCUGGAAAGUUAUUGAUGAUGCUACGGAGGACCACCCUACGAUGUGGACCGAUGACCCUGACGUCGAGGAGCUGAAGUACCUCAAAGGGCUAGUGAAACACAGCCAUUGGGUUAAGCUAGCGUACGACUUCGGCCCCGAACGCAAUCAAAUGGUUCUGGCGCACGGCAACUAUUGCGCUGCUCGAGACACAAAACACCUUCUCCUCACUAAGGACUAUAGAGCUCAGACGAUCGAGCGUCUAUCAGCCUUGCCCGAUGGCCUCCCGACUGAACGCGAUGCGGCGCCAGAAUCCAGGAGUCGGAAAGGAUGGGAUGAGCAUGACGAGUUUGACGAAGUACGAUAUUUCGACGAUAAGAAAGUUGCAGUGGACGAGAUCAGGAAGUGGAUUAUCUGGAAGGAGAAGUUCAUGAUUGCCUCAGCAGAGCAAGGCAGUGACACGGGGAAGCUCGAUCGGGGUGCUCUUGUGGAGGCGAGGCUCGCUUUGAGGAAUUCGAUUCUACCUUCAUGGAAAAGAGGGUCGAAGGUCAGAGCGACUCUGAGCGUCGUGCUGCUAUGCUGA